AUGACACUUACGAAAUACCAAAAAGGAGAAUCUAUGGAAGGUUGGAAUGACUGUCCCUCCGAUGUUAUGAUGCUUCAUAGUGAUUCUUCAUCUUCAAGUUUGAAUAGUAGUCGGUCUUCUUCUUCCCGAAGGAAAACCAGAAGGGUUGCCAUGGCAUUUGAUGGUAGUGGCAGCAGUUUGAGUGUAAAGCAGGAUCCAAACGGCCUGUUUACAUCCAUCACAUCUCUUCCGCUGGCACCUCCUCCAAAGAAUAGAUCAAACCCUCCAAUUAGCGGACCUGGGCUGGGAAAAGAGAGAGAUACCAAGGAUGUUAUUGAACUUUUGAAUAGAACCUUUGAGUUACCACUAAGUUUAGGAAAAGAAGAAAUAGCGGAUGCAAAGUCAAAGCUUAUCCCACAGAUAGAAAAUCUUAGUUCAAGUGAUAUUACAUUUGUGGGGAACAUUCUUGAUCGAGUUUUGCUGGCACAAAAGUCACAUGAUGCUGUAGCCCUAACACUGGUUAAAACAGACAUCGUUAAGUAUAUGAUGUCCAAUGAUGGGGUAAGUGUUUGGUGUACUCCUUUAAAGAGGAUUAUUGCUGCCCUUUAG